AUGGGGACUCGCUCCGGGAGGAAGUCGCAGCUGCUGCUGCUGCUGCUGCUGGCUGUGGCCCUCGUCGCCUCUCCAGCCGGGAGCUCGGCCCGGGGAUCCCCGGCCACCUUCGGCCCUGUCUUUGAAGACCAGCCGCUCAGUCUGCUAUUCCCAGAGGAGUCCACGGAGGAGAAGGUGACCCUGGCAUGCCGUGCCCGCGCCAGCCCUCCGGCCACCUACAGGUGGAAGAUGAACGGCACCGAGAUGAAGCUGGAGCCGGGCUCCCGCCACCAGCUGGUGGGAGGCAACCUGGUCAUCAUGAGCCCCACCAAGGCCCAGGACGCUGGCGUCUACCAGUGCCUGGCCUCCAACCCCGUGGGCACCGUGGUCAGCAGGGAGGCCGUCCUGCGCUUCGGCUUCCUGCAGGAAUUCUCCAAGGAGGAGCGGGACCCCGUGAAAGCCCACGCAGGCUGGGGAGUGAUGCUGCCCUGUAACCCCCCUGCCCACUACCCAGGCCUGUCCUACCGCUGGCUCCUCAAUGAGUUCCCCAACUUCAUCCCGACGGACGGGCGGCACUUCGUGUCCCAGACCACAGGGAACCUGUACAUCGCCCGGACCAACGCCUCGGACCUGGGCAACUACUCCUGCCUGGCCACCAGCCACAUGGACUUCUCCACCAAGAGCGUCUUCAGCAAGUUUGCUCAGCUCAACCUGGCCGCUGAAGAUCCCAGGCUCUUCGCGCCCAGCAUCAAGGCCCGGUUCCCAGCGGAGACGUACGCGCUGGUGGGACAGCAGGUCACCCUGGAGUGCUUUGCCUUCGGGAACCCUGUCCCCAGGAUCAAGUGGCGCAAAGUGGAUGGCUCCUUGUCCCCCCAGUGGGCCACCGCAGAGCCCACCCUGCAGAUCCCCAGCGUCAGCUUCGAGGACGAGGGCACUUACGAGUGUGAGGCGGAGAACUCCAAGGGCCGAGACAGCGUCCAGGGCCGCAUCAUCGUGCAGGCCCAGCCCGAGUGGCUGAAGGUGAUCUCGGAUAUGGAGGCUGACAUCGGGUCCAGCCUGCGUUGGGGCUGCGCAGCCGCCGGCAAGCCCCGGCCCACGGUGCGCUGGCUGCGGAAUGGGGAGCCUCUGGCCUCCCAGACCCGGGUAGAGGUGCUGGCCGGGGACCUGCGGUUCUCCAAGCUGAGCCUGGACGACUCAGGCAUGUACCAGUGUGUGGCAGAGAACAAGCAUGGCACCAUCUACGCCAGCGCUGAGCUGGCCGUGCAAGCACUGGCCCCCGACUUCAGGCUGAAUCCCGUACGGCGCCUGAUCCCUGCAGCCCGCGGGGGAGAGGUCAUGAUCCCCUGCCAGCCCCGGGCAGCCCCGAAGGCCGUGGUGCUCUGGAGCAAAGGCACCGAGAUCUUGGUCAACAGCAGCAGAGUGACAGUCACUCCGGAUGGCACCUUGAUCAUAAGAAACAUCAGUCGGUCAGAUGAAGGCAAAUACACGUGCUUCGCUGAGAAUUUCAUGGGCAAAGCCAACAGCACGGGCAUCCUGUCUGUGCGAGAUGCGACCAAGAUCACCCUAGCCCCCUCCAGUGCCGACAUCAACUUGGGCGACAACCUGACCCUGCAGUGCCACGCCUCCCACGACCCCACCAUGGACCUCACCUUCAUCUGGGCUUUGGACGACUUCCCCAUCGACCCCGACAAGCCUGGGGGUCACUACCGGAGGGCCAGUGUGAAGGAGACGGUUGGAGACCUGACCAUCCUGAACGCCCAGCUGCGCCACGGUGGGAAGUACACCUGCAUGGCCCAGACGGUGGUGGACAGUGCAUCCAAGGAGGCCACAGUCCUGGUCCGAGGUCCCCCGGGUCCCCCAGGAGGCAUGGUGGUGAGGGACAUCGGCGACACCACUGUCCAGCUCAGCUGGAGCCGUGGCUUCGACAACCACAGCCCCAUUGCCAAGUACACCCUGCAAGCUCGCACUCCGCCUGCAGGGAAGUGGAAGCAAGUUCGGACCAAUCCCGCCAACAUCGAGGGCAAUGCGGAGACCGCCCAGGUGCUGGGCCUCACACCCUGGAUGGACUAUGAGUUCCGGGUCAUAGCCAGCAACAUCCUGGGCACUGGGGAGCCCAGUGGGCCCUCCAGCAAAAUCCGGACCAAGGAAGCAGCCCCCUUCGUGGCACCCUCUGGGCUCAGCGGAGGCGGGGGAGCCCCUGGCGAGCUCAUUGUCAACUGGACGCCCAUGUCACGCGAGUACCAGAACGGAGACGGCUUCGGCUACCUGCUGUCCUUCCGCAGGCAGGGCAGCGCCGGCUGGCAGAGCGCGCGGGUGCCCGGCGCCGACGCCCAGUUCUUCGUCUACAGCAACGAGAGCAUCCGGCCCUACACGCCCUUCGAGGUCAAGAUCCGCAGCUACAACCGACGCGAGGAGGCCUGGGAACCCAAACCCCUUCUGUAUCGGUCCCCAGAGCCCAGGGUGGCCCCGACCAAGGUCUGGGCCAAGGGGGUCUCCUCCUCAGAGAUGAACGUGACCUGGGAAGCGGUGCCGCAGGACACGAACGGGGUCCUCCUGGGCUACGAGAUCCGCUACUGGAAAGCUGGGGACAAAGAAGCAGCCGCUGACCGUGUGAGGACGGCAGGGCUGGACACCACUGCCCGAGUCACUGACCUGCACCCCAACACCAAGUACCACGUGACCGUUCGGGCCUACAACCGGGCGGGCACUGGGCCUGCCAGCCCGUCUGCCAAUGCCACAACCAUGAAGCCCCCUCCUCGGCGACCUCCCGGCAACAUCUCCUGGACGUUCUCGAGCUCCAGUCUGAGUAUUAAGUGGGACCCUGUGGUCCCUCUUCGCAAUGAGUCUGCGGUCACUGGCUAUAAGAUGCUGUACCAGAAUGACUUACACCCCACACCCACGCUCCACCUCACCAGCAACUGGAUAGAAGUUGCCGUCCCCGAAGACAUCGGCUAUGCCCUGGUGCAGAUUCGGACCACGGGGCCUGGAGGGGACGGAACCCCGGCAGAAGUCCACAUCGUGAGGAACGGAGACACAAGCAUGAUGGUGGAGAACUCAGCAGUCUGCCCAGCCCUGCGCCCCAGCACCAUCCUCUCCCACUCCAUGGCCAUGCUGGUCUUCAUAGGCCACCUGGAGCUCUGACCCUGGCGCCCCUCCCUCCACCGCCGGACACCACCUCCGAGGAUGCAGCCAGCUGGCCCGGCCCCUCCCGAUGCCAAGAUGGCCCAACACUGUGCCUGAGGAUGGCUGGUUUUAAAUACCUACUGUAGACAGUGCCCCUUUUGUAGGAGGUAGGAUAUUUCAUAUUCUGCCACUGGCUAGAACCCAUGCAAGGAUUUUUUUUUUAAAUCAAGAGGCACCAGGCAGUGAUUUCCAUGAUGAUACGGAACCCGUGCCGGGCCCUCUGGGUGCCAGGCCUAUGGGAAGAAGGGCAUCGGAAACAUUCCCUUCACGUCCUGCGACCGCAGAUGGACUCUGUCCCCUGAGGGCAGCGCCCCAGACCCGGCAGGAGCACUGGAUGUGACCCGGCUGAAGUGGAACAAGGCAUACACAUGAGCAUCCCUGAGUCUAAGGAGAGAGCCACCCCGGGACCAAGGACCCCCCUACUUUCUCGAGGGGCGGCACGGCUGGACCCUGGCAUUGCCCUCGAUGACUCCCUGGAGGCUCCUGCCACCUGACCAGGUGGCUGAGCACCAGGGCCCUGAUGGCUGAGCCCCUGCAGCAUUGGGGGUGAUACUCCAGACUGUGUGGGGGGGGAGCU